UUGAGCUGAAGCUGGCUAGCAGCUAGCCUGUUAUGCUGAGUCCAGGCUGGAGAUACGGAGGGAGGCUACACUGACUGACUGACUGACUGACUGAUGAAAACAUGCCUCACUUCACAGUGGUACCAGUGGAGGACCGCGCUCCAUCAAACUAUGACAGUCUGGAAGGGAUAAACUGGGUGGAUUACAGGGACACAGGACAGGGUUACCCCGGACAUCAGGACACUGUUAGUUCUGAUGGACAUGGGAAUCAUAAAGAAGACAGUCCAUUUCUCAACAGCACAGAUGCUACCAAGAAGAAUGACUUCUAUGACAAAAACCUGGCCUUGUUUGAGGAAGAGCUGGACAUACGUCCCAAGGUGUCAUCUCUGCUCAGCCGCUUGGUCAACUACACCAACAUCACGCAGGGAGCCAAGGAGCAUGAAGAGGAGGAGAGCGCUGAGGCCUCGCUCAGGAAGGCCCCCAAGUCUCCCAACAUGGGCACCCUGAUGGGAGUCUACUUGCCCUGUCUCCAGAACAUCUUCGGUGUCAUUCUCUUCCUCCGCCUGACGUGGAUUGUCGGCACAGCUGGCAUUGUGCAAUCCCUCCUAAUUGUCCUCAUGUGCUGCUCAUGUACGAUGCUCACAGCCAUAUCAAUGAGUGCCAUUGCUACUAAUGGUGUUGUUCCAGCUGGAGGGGCAUACUUCAUGAUCUCACGCUCUCUGGGCCCAGAGUUUGGAGGAGCUGUGGGCUUGUGCUUCUACUUGGGCACAACCUUUGCUGCUGCCAUGUACAUACUGGGAGCCAUUGAAAUCUUCUUGAAAUACCUUGUCCCUCAGGGGACCAUGACCAUCUUCCAUGCCACAGACCCUCAUGGUGGUGACAGUGCCAUGCUCAACAAUAUGAGAGUCUACGGUUCUCUCUGCCUCAGCCUGAUGGCUGUGGUUGUCUUUGUAGGAGUCAAAUAUGUCAACAAGCUGGCGUCUCUCUUCCUGGCUUGUGUCAUCAUCUCCAUUGUCUCUAUCUAUGCUGGGGCAAUCAAAUCCAUAACUCACCCACCAGAAUUCCCGAUCUGCAUGCUGGGCAACAGAACUUUGGUGAGAGAUUUUGAUGUGUGUGCUAAGACUGUAGUACAGGGCAAUUACACCGUGCCUAGUAACCUGUCGGAGAAAUUCUGUCCUCUGGGGAACAUGAGCAGUGCUCAGUGUGAUGAAUACUUCAGCCAGAACAAUGUGACAGAGGUACAAGGCAUCCCUGGCCUGGCCAGUGGUAUUAUCAGAGAAAACAUGUGGGGGGACUACCUGCAGAAAGGGGAAAUCUUAGAGAAGGCGGGGCUACAAUCAGUGGAUGUCCAUGGAGCCAUGGAGAACUUUGCUAUGUACGUGUCAGCGGACAUUGCUACGUCGUUCACUCUUCUGGUGGGGAUUUUCUUCCCAUCUGCUACAGGCAUAAUGGCAGGCUCCAACAGAUCUGGUGAUCUCCGAGAUGCUCAGAAGUCUAUCCCAGUGGGAACUAUCUUGGCUAUUACCACAACUUCUCUUGUUUAUUUCAGUUCUGUGGUUCUGUUUGGAGCUUGUAUUGAAGGGGUAGUCCUGAGGGACAAGUUUGGAGAUGCAGUCAGUAAUAACCUGGUGGUGGGAACUCUCUCCUGGCCCUCACCUUGGGUUAUUGUCAUUGGCUCCUUCUUCUCCACGGUGGGCGCAGGUCUACAAUCCCUCACGGGGGCUCCACGGCUCCUACAGGCUAUUGCAAAGGACAACAUCAUUCCAUUUCUCAGGGUGUUUGGUCAUGGUAAGGCCAAUGGAGAGCCCACAUGGGCCCUGCUUCUGACUGGUCUCAUAGCUGAGCUCGGUAUACUUAUUGCCUCACUGGAUAUGGUGGCACCGAUACUCUCAAUGUUCUUCUUGAUGUGCUAUCUCUUUGUGAACUUAGCCUGUGCAGUGCAGACUCUGUUACGCACACCCAACUGGAGGCCAAGGUUUAAAUAUUACCACUGGGCUCUGUCCUUCCUGGGCAUGAGUAUGUGUCUUGCACUAAUGUUCAUUUCCUCCUGGUACUACGCUAUUGUGGCCAUGGGAAUUGCUGGGAUGAUCUACAAGUACAUAGAGUACCAGGGAGCAGAAAAGGAGUGGGGAGACGGAAUAAGAGGCUUGUCCUUAAGUGCUGCACGUUACGCUCUGCUAAGACUUGAGGUUGGACCCCCGCACACCAAGAACUGGAGACCUCAGCUGUUGGUGCUGUUGAAGCUGGAUGAAGACCUCCAUGUGAAAUAUCCCCGCCUGCUCACCUUUGCCUCACAGCUGAAGGCAGGGAAGGGUCUGACCAUAGUGGGCUCUGUCAUCCAGGGCAACUUCCUGGACAGUUAUGGGGAGACACAAGCAGCUGAACAGGCCAUUAAGAACAUGAUGGAAAUUGAGCGGGUGAAAGGUUUCUGCCAGGUUGUGGUGGCAUCUAAGGUACGGGAGGGCAUUGCCCAUCUAAUCCAGUCCUGUGGCCUGGGUGGCAUGAAGCACAACACAGUGGUGAUGGGCUGGCCGUAUGGCUGGAGACAGAGUGAGGACCCACGUGCAUGGAAGACUUUUAUCAACACAGUACGCUGUACCACAGCUGCCCACCUGGCCUUAAUGGUGCCCAAAAACGUGUCCUUCUACCCCAGUAACCAUGAACGCUUCACAGACGGCAACAUCGAUGUGUGGUGGAUCGUCCAUGAUGGGGGAAUGCUAAUGCUCCUGCCUUUCCUGCUCAAACAGCAUAAAGUUUGGAGGAAAUGCAAGAUGCGCAUCUUCACUGUGGCCCAAAUGGAUGAUAACAGCAUUCAGAUGAAGAAGGAUCUGGCAACAUUUCUAUACCAGCUGAGGAUAGAGGCCGAGGUGGAAGUGGUGGAGAUGCAUGACAGUGACAUCUCGGCAUACACCUAUGAGCGGACCUUAAUGAUGGAGCAGAGGUCCCAGAUGUUGAGGCAAAUGCGGCUGUCCAGCGCUGAGAGAGACAGGGAGGCCCAGCUUGUAAAGGACCGGCACUCCUUGAUACGCAUGGGUAGUUUAUACUCUGAUGAGGAAGAGGAGGUGGCAGAACCUCCUCCAGAGAAGGUACAGAUGACCUGGACCAAGGAGAAGUGUGAAGCUGAGAGGAGGAACAGGAAUAACACACCGGAGAACUUCAGAGAACUCAUCAGCCUCAAACCGGACCAGUCCAAUGUGCGGCGAAUGCACACAGCCGUAAAGCUGAAUGAGGUAAUAGUCAACAGGUCCCAUGAUGCUCGGUUAGUUUUGCUCAACAUGCCAGGGCCACCCCGGAACACAGAUGGAGAUGAAAACUAUAUGGAGUUUCUGGAGGUUUUGACCGAAGGAUUGGAGAGAGUGCUGCUAGUGAGAGGGGGAGGUCGGGAGGUCAUCACAAUCUACUCUUGACCAGCCAGGAACUUCUCAAGUCAUCACCCUGCCACAAGACACAUUCCAGGCCUGGCCACAGGGGGCAGCACAGGCUCACCGUCUAGACAGUUUAGGGUCUGGCAGUGGACAUGAAGACCUGCAGAGCUCCCAGAAUUCCCAACUCCGGGAGCGUCCCCCUCGCCCCAACCCUAACCUUAACCAUACCAAACUGUGGGCGGGCAUGGUCGGAGGUCUUCAUGUCCACCACCAGAUAUUGUUGGAUAGUUCUUAUGAUACUGACACUUGUAUUAUGAAGUAUGGACUUUUGAGCACAAAAGAUAUUUAUUUUAUUCUUGUAGAAUACUGGCACACACUAGGGUACAUAUCCAGCUAUGACCAUGGCUUUUCCAUUCUUUACACAGGUGACUGAAAGCUGUUAUUCUUUCUCCCUAAAAAUCUGUGUUUGUGUAGCAAACUGUCAAGCUGCUUUUAUGUCAGUAUUUCCUGUUGUUUGUGGCUGGGAAAACCCAACAAACAAAACGUGCUAUUUGUGAUAUUAAUUCUACAUUUGUCAACUUGCCAGAGAGAGUCCAUUUGUUACUACAACAGCUUUCAGCGUGCCAGAUUUUGAACCUAAAACCGCUCCUUGAUAGUAGACAAGCACCUCUAUAUUUAUUUUGCUAUUUAUUUUGUCAGCAUUUAGUGAGGAAAGAGAAAGACGUGAUGUAGAUAAUGAACGUAAGGAUUGGUUUGUGCUGAGGGAAGCACUGCAUUCAGUUUGUAAAUGUGGAUGCCAGAAAUCAUAAAGAAAAUAGUCUAAGAUAUAAUUUAUGAUUGUUUUAUAUUGAACCAAGAUUUGUAUUGUUGAUAAAAGAAAAGUCUAUACAUGACUUAUUAUCUGUUACUUUUGUAUAAUAAUUCUGCUGACAGACUUGGCAAGAACUUUCAAGGCCGCCAUACGAUUUGGUAAACAACGGUGUUUCCUUUCCUGUAAAUGACGUGUACAGGCCGCAAGUGUUUUAUAUGAUGCAAUAAAACUUUGACAAGGCCUGACUAUUGCUUUUA